GUCAUCACCACUGGGCUGACUAGAGUGCGCCAGUCUAUACAUCGACCUAGAGAACAAAUUGAACAAAACGGAUGAGGAACAAAAACAAAACCUAAAUUGAGAGUGGAUGAAGUUGCUAUUAAAAGUUAUUAAAAUCAUUGAAUUUCUAUUGUUUAAACUAAUAAAAUAAGUAAAAUUUAGUGGUCAUUUACAUGCAGUAAUAUAGUAAGCUAUUGUUCUUUAAUUUAAAGGUAAAAUGUUCAAAUAAACCCCAAAAAAUUGAUAUUUUAGUUUAGGUGAACUACACGCGAUCAUCUGUAGUUUCGGGUACUCCAAAAGCGUUUGUAAACUAGUUUAAACGUUAACUUAGCUAGUGCUAAACCGUUUUGGGCACUGAAUCGAAUACGUCUAGCAAAAUUGUUUCACGAGGCUAGCAGCGAAACUAAAUUUGUAAGUUUGUACAAAUAAUUCUGGAAUCACAUAAUUACUAAACAUCUAAUGGAACAAUUAAAAUUUCAGUUUGAGCCGCUCUUUAUAGACUGCUACAAGAAAUAAGUGCUGAUUCUGCAAAAAAUCCGAACAAACUCAAAAAAUUUAUUCGGAUAACCUCAAAACGAUGCCGGCAGGCGAAGAUUUCACCAUGACUGCCUGUGGAGUAUGCGAAACGGUUUCAGAAGUAGACGAAGGAAUGGUGGCAUGUGAUUAUUGUAACCGAUGGUUCCAUUAUCGGUGCGUAGGAGUAACAGAAGGAGUUAAAGAUGCAAAAAACUGGUUCUGUCCGGACAUCAGCUGCCAGAAGUUGGCCAAAAAGCAAGAAGGAAAACCUGCGAAGAACCGGAAGAAGGCUACGUCGGGAAAUGAAUCGGAUAAAUCCAGUGUGACUUCUGAAAGCGUAGUACAAACGAUGGAUCAAAAGUUGAAAGCUCUAGAGAAGGAACGAAGAGCGAAGGAGAGAGAAAUGGAAGAAGAACGAGUCCUGAAGGAAAAGAGGAUGGAAAUGGAUCGUUUCCUUAGGGAAAAGGAAUUAGCGAUUCAAGAUGAGCUACGGGAAAAGGAAAUGCAGCAGGAAAAGGAACUACUGGAGGCCGCUUUACAAAAGAAGCGGAACUUCCUAGCAAGGGUGAAGGCUAUGCGAGAGUCCUAUCAAGUUCAAAUGGAGAAUAUCCAGCAGGAGCUUGCCGAAGGAGGAAAUCAUCUCAACAAACCGAGCGAGUUAUGUCCGAAGCGCAUCCAGUCCACCGAACGUGCCACCGAAUCAGUGCAGGAGCAAAAGGCUUCCGGCUCCACGAAACCCGAAAUUUCCCAAUCCGAAUCGAGUGUAUUCUAUACACAUACACCAGUCCGCAGCUCUGGCAUAAAAGGCAAAAUCAACAAAGCGGCAGCAGCCGUCGCUGCCGGCUCCAACGGCAAACCAGUCUACGGAAAUGAUAAGAACGAUCUUGACGAUUUGGAAGAAGAAGAAGCCCAAAGCAGCGAAAGCGACGAAGAUUACCCAGAUGAGUCGGACGAAGACCCGGAUGAGGAAGAAGAGGAAACGGAUGACGAACAUACCGAAGAUGAGAAAGGAAGAUAUGCCUUUAAAAACCGUCAAGCAAAGAAGGCAGCGACGGCGGUAGUUCCCCACGGGCUGGGGCCAACUAAAGCACAAUUAUCUGCACGCAAUGGAAUCACUAGGAAGCUACCCGUAUUCACGGGAAAACCCGAGGAAUGGCCCUUGUUCAUUGGGAGCUAUAAUGCUUCCAAUACAGCGUGUGGUUUCAGCGAUGUAGAGAACUUAGUUCGUCUACAGGAAUGCUUGAGAGGACCAGCAUUAGAAAGUGUCAGAAGUCAGCUGCUACUACCACAAUCGGUUCCCAGAGUCAUCAACAAGCUUCGUCAACUAUAUGGGCGACCUGAACAACUUCUUCAUCACCAUCUCGACAAGAUCAGGAAGCUCGAAUGUCCCAAAGCGGAUAAACUGUCCAGCUACAUACCAUUCGGUAAUUCCAUAGAACAGCUUUGCGACCAUUUAGAAGCCGCUGAGUUAACGCAACAUCUGGUCAAUCCUCUUCUGAUUCAGGAUUUGGUGGAUAAACUUCCAGCGCAAGACAAGCGGGACUGGGUCCGCUACAAGCAGAAGAAGAAGCGAGUGACUUUGCGAACAUUCACUGACUUCGUAUCCAGAAUAGUAGCAGAGGCGUGCGAGGCGAAUGUCAACAUGGACUUCAAAACCCCGCAGGCAUCAUCUGGACCCCCCUAUCGCGUGAAACGUGAAAAGGGUGCUGUGUUCAACCACUGUUCCUCCGCCGAGACGUCCACAAAGUCUAAAGAUCCUUCGAAGCUGAAGCCCUGCAAAGUUUGCCAUCGCACAGACCAUCGUCUUCGUUAUUGCGAGGAUUUCAAGUGCUUGCCUGCAGCAGAACGCAUAAAGUUGGUCGAGCAGUGGAAGCUUUGCAAAAUUUGUUUGAACGACCAUGGUAAAGCUCAAUGCAAGUUUCAGAUUCGUUGCAGCGUAGACGGAUGUCUUGCUCGUCACAACACACUGCUACAUCCAAUUGGGGGACCGUUAGCGAUCAACACGCACAUGUUAGAUGGUGAGGCAGUUUUGUUCCGAAUGAUCCCGGUCAGUUUGCACUGUGGAGAGCACAUUGUGGAAACCCUGGCGUUUUUAGACGAGGGAGCCUCUGUCACUCUCGUCGAGAAAACACUGGUUGACAGACUCGGCGUUCAAGGGACGAGAAACCCGUUGACCAUUACUUGGACAGCCGACAUUCAACGUACUGAGAAGGAUUCCCGGCAAAUGAAUUUAUGGAUUUCCACACGAGGUAUGGAGGGGAAGAUUCUACUGCGAACGGUGCAAACAGUUCCAGAGUUGAUGUUACCACAGCAAACGUUGAACGCACCUGCGCUGAUGGAAAACUACAAAUUUCUUCAGAAUUUGCCAGUUGACUCGUACUACAAUAAACGUCCAGGAAUUCUCAUUGGAGUUAACAAUGUGCAUGCGAUUGCACCUCUAGAAUCCAGACUUGGAACAAUUGGAGAACCGAUUGCUGUACGCUCUAAGUUGGGAUGGACGAUUUACGGUCCAAGUCAGAGAACCACAGGUGCACAAAGAGAUUUUGUUGGUUGCCAUCAUGACAUUAGCAAUCAAGAGCUACACAACGUCCUCAAAUCGCAUUAUGCCCUAGAAGAAUCCGUUGUAGCGGUGUUUCAGGAAUCAAAGGAGAACCAGAGAGCCCGGAAGAUUCUCGAAGAGACGACAGUGCGAAUCGGCGACAGAUUCGAAACCGGGCUGCUGUGGAAUACUGACAGUCCUAAGUUUCCCAAUAGCCUACCAAUGGCGUUGCGACGGCUGAAACAACUAGAGCACCGUUUGGAGAAUAUGCCGCAGCUAUACGAAAGCGUACGGAAGCAAAUAGUGGAAUAUGAGCAAAAGGGCUACGCGCAUCGUGCCACGCCGGAAGAAAUAGCUGAAGCAGAAUCAUCUGGAGCCUGGUACCUGCCCAUCAACGUAGUCCUCAACCCAAAGAAACCUGGAAAAGUUCGUUUGGUGUGGGACGCAGCGGCGUCGGUUCAAGGAGUGUCGUUGAAUUCCCAGUUAUUGACAGGUCCGGAUAUGUUAGCUGCCUUACCGUCGGUGAUUAAUCGUUUUCGCGAACGUCCAGUGGCUUUCGGAGGAGACAUCCGUGAAAUGUACCACCAGUUGGUGAUUCGUAAAGCUGAUAGGAGGGCACAGAUGUUCUUCUUCAGAAAUUCAACCCAUGAGAAACCAACGGUAUACAUGAUGGACGUUGCCAUUUUCGGUUCCAAGUGUUCACCCUGUCAGGCGCAAUACAUAAAAAACCGAAACGCAAAGGAGUUCGCGAUACAAUAUCCGGAGGCUGCAGCAGCGAUUAUUGACAAGCAUUAUGUGGACGAUUACUUCGACAGCACCGAUACCGUCGAAGAAGCAACACGGAUAGCAAAAGAAGUUGAACUGGUACACUCGAAGGGCGGCUUUGAAAUCAGAAAUUGGGUUUCUAACUCAAGGGAAGUCCUCCGCAGUUUGGGUGAGAAAAGUGCAGACCAAGCAGUUCACUUCAACCGAGAUAAAGAAACUGGUACGGAACGAGUUCUUGGAAUAAUAUGGAACCCCAAGGAGGACAAGUUUUCGUUUUCAACAGAACAUCGUGAGGAUUUGAAACGAUACUUGAGUGGCAAAGAAAUACCCACUAAAAGGAUUGUGUUGAGCAGUGUUAUGGGAUUGUUUGAUCCACUAGGCCUACUGUCAACGUUCAUUAUACAUGGUCGUGUUUUGAUCCAGAACUUAUGGCGAACAGGAUGUGAUUGGGACGAACAGAUUGAUCAAGCCAGCGAGUUGGAAUGGAGAAGGUGGAUCGGACGUUUACCCGAUGUAGAAGCAGUCAGGAUUCCUCGUGCGUACUUUGGAAGGUGGAAAUCUACUGAAAUUGAGACACUGCAACUGCACGUGUUUACUGAUGCUAGUCUGCAAGCGUAUGGAAGUGCAGCGUACUUUCGUGCUACAGUUGGAGGCGAAGUUCGUUGUGCCCUCGUAAUGGCAAGGGCGAAAGUAGCUCCAUUGAAGCGACAAUCAGUUCCCCGCUUGGAGCUGAUGGGGGCGCUACUCGGAGCGAGACUACUACAAUCGGUUAUGACGAAUCACACCCUUCCCAUUCAAAAAUGUUACCUAUGGACGGACUCACAAACGGUUCUUAGCUGGCUUCGCUCGGAUCAGCACAACUAUAAGCAGUUCGUGGCAUUUCGGGAAAUUCAUGAGCUGACAAACUUGACUGACUGGCGGAAAAUACCUUCGAAAUUCAACAUUGCGGACGUUCUAACCAAGUGGGGUAGUGGACCAGAUCUCAAGGACGAUGGAUCGUGGUUCAACGGGCCAAAUUUUCUUCAACAAACAGAAGAAUACUGGCCAGCCGAGAUGCUGCCUGAAGCAAAUAUCGCGGACGAGAGGAAAGCGGUAGUGCUGGUUCAUGGAACGUGUUCUGUCGAACCGGUAAUACGAGUAGAAUCGUUCUCCAGGUGGAUUAAACUGCUCCGAGUAACAGCAACAGUCGUUCGAUUCAUAAACAACUGUCGGAGAAAGAUCGCUAAACAGCCCAUACUAUGUGCGGAGGCAUCAGAAAAGCAGCGUCGACUCAUAACAGCAAAGUUUGAUGUACUGAAGCGUCCGUUGCUGCAAGAAGAAUUGAGAAGCGCCGAAUGUAUCUUGUGGAAGCUAGCACAACGAGAAGGUUAUGCCGAGGAAGUUCGAACACUGAGUAGGAGCGAAGAAAGUGGACCAGGAAAAUCAGUUGUGCGUUUGCAGCGAUCGAGCACGCUAUAUAAACUCACACCAUUUUUGGACGAAGAAGGAGUGAUGCGCAUGGGUGGUAGAAUGCAGAAUUCGACAACAGCCACGUUCAACGAAAAGUAUCCGAUAAUAUUGCCGAAAGACCACGAGAUAACGGAUAUGUUGCUGCAGGACUAUCAUGAAAAGUUUGGGCAUGCUAACAGAGAAACAAUAUUCCACGAAGUUCGCCUGAGGUUCAAGAUCCCGAAGUUGAGAUCAAGAAUCUCACGAGUUGUGAAAAAUUGUGUUUGGUGUAAGGUACACCGGUGUAAACCGGCUGUGCCAUUGAUGGCUCCUCUACCUAAACAAAGGAUAACACCAGGUUUGAGGCCGUUUAGCGCAGUUGGUCUCGAUUAUCUGGGCCCCAUCGACGUAUCAGUUGGUAGACGAUCAGAGAAAAGAUGGAUCUGUUUGUUUACUUGUCUGGCUAUACGUGCAAUCCAUCUGGAAGUAGUCGAUAGUCUGACAACACAGUCUUGUCUUAUGGCAAUUCGCAGGUUUAUCUGCAAACGUGGUGCUCCAGACGAAUUCUUUUCCGACAACGGAACGAAUUUCAGAGGGGCUUAUAAUGAAUUGAAGAGAACGGUUGAGCGAAUUAACAACGAAUGUGCUGAAGGAACCACGACUGCUAGAAUCAAAUGGAAUUUUAAUCCACCGGCUACGCCCCAUAUGGGCGGUAUUUGGGAGAGGCUAGUGCGUUCGGUUAAGGAAGCAUUUCGAGCACUGGAUGAUGGAAGAAAACUUACCGAUGAGAUUUUGAAAACAGUGGUAGCGGAAGCGGAAGAGAUGAUCAAUUCGCGACCGUUGACAUACAUGCCGGAUUCGUCGGAAGACAGUGCGCUUACACCCAACCACUUCUUACGAGGAACGGUUAAAGAAUCAGACACGAUGUUCCAGGACCAAACAGAUAUGGCAGGAGCAUUAAGGGAUACGUAUCAGCGUUCACAGUUUUUGGCAGAGGAAAUUUGGAAGCGUUGGUGUAAGGAAUAUCUUCCCACAAUAAAUCAGCGAACCAAAUGGUACACCGAACAGAAACCAAUAAGGAUAGGUGACUUGGUUUUCAUCGUAGAUGGAAAUAAUCGGAAGACGUGGAUUCGAGGAAUCGUGGAGGACGUUCAUGCUGGGACAGAUGGAAGAAUUCGACGAGCAGAUGUCAGAACAGCGAAAGGUGUCUUUAGGCGUGCGGUUGCUAACUUGGCGCGUAUGGAAAUUAGCGACGGUAAAUCCGGAAAUUCCGAACCGGAAGCACCGGAGUUACGGGCUGGGGAUGUGUCAUCACCACUGGGCUGACUAGAGUGCGCCAGUCUAUACAUCGACCUAGAGAACAAAUUGAACAAAACGGAUGAGGAACAAAAACAAAACCUAAAUUGAGAGUGGAUGAAGUUGCUAUUAAAAGUUAUUAAAAUCAUUGAAUUUCUAUUGUUUAAACUAAUAAAAUAAGUAAAAUUUAGUGGUCAUUUACAUGCAGUAAUAUAGUAAGCUAUUGUUCUUUAAUUUAAAGGUAAAAUGUUCAAAUAAACCCCAAAAAAUUGAUAUUUUAGUUUAGGUGAACUACACGCGAUCAUCUGUAGUUUCGGGUACUCCAAAAGCGUUUGUAAACUAGUUUAAACGUUAACUUAGCUAGUGCUAAACCGUUUUGGGCACUGAAUCGAAUACGUCUAGCAAAAUUGUUUCACGAGGCUAGCAGCGAAACUAAAUUUGUAAGUUUGUACAAAUAAUUCUGGAAUCACAUAAUUACUAAACAUCUAAUGGAACAAUUAAAAUUUCAGUUUGAGCCGCUCUUUAUAGACUGCUACAAGAAAUAAGUGCUGAUUCUGCAAAAAAUCC